CUUAGCUCCGCGCCGAGCUGCCUAUCAAUGGCUGAGCGCGCACGUGGUCCCGCUCAAAAUGCGGUGGAACGAGUUCGGGCUGAUGGAGACCAGCACUACCCCUUUCGUGGGGAGGGGUUUGUGAACUCCUCCCGCUGUCCGCCUAAGGUUUCAGGGCGGUUGUUUACCAGCCGCCGUUCGAUGAGCUGCUGGGCCAUUCCCACCGCGGUUGGCGAAGCUGGAAGAGCAGAUCAUGUUAGCCGCCUGUUACCUGAACCUCGUGAUCUUGGGACUCAGCGGCGCGGGAAAACUAGUGUUAGCCCUGGGCAAGUAAUGGUCUUGGUUGGCUUUCGGGCAUUAGAGUGGCAGCUAAUAUAGUCAAGCCGGAGGUCUCGGAAAUGAUCUUAAGGUUCCUUAUAUGGAAGAAAAUGCUGUCAGUCGGAUCACUUCCCAGUAAAGGCGUUUUCAGUGAAACAAGCGUUGAGUGGCAAUUGCCUUGUUCGCCCAAGGGGAGUCGUGAACGAAACAUUCCUCGUUUCCUGAUGCAGCUUUCAAAAUCGACAGGGUCGUAGUCUAAAAGACGUUUGUCGAGGAAAAGAUUAAGGGAUUUAUGAAGGGAGAGGUCUGCUUCUUUAAAAUGUUCGUUUCUUUGGUGAACAUGCUCAACAGAUCUCUAUGCAUUCCCCAUAUGAGAUUAUAAUUCCUAGAAGAUUAACAGAUAGGGAGAAGCGCUGGACACAUUUUAAAGAGGAACGCUUAGAUGAUCAGCUGUCUUACUUGAUUCAAACUGGAAAUGGAACACACAUUCUGAAAUUAAGGAAAAAUAAAAAACUUCUUGGGGAAGAGUUCACAAUAUAUACUUACAGCCAAGAGGGCAAGCUGCAGAAUACUCCUGUUGAAACUCAGACCCACUGUUACUACCAUGGAAAUGUUGAAGGAGUUCCAGAUUCUCUGCUUGCCCUCAGUACCUGUGAUGGCCUUAGGGGAAUCCUCUAUAUUGGUGGCAAACAAUAUGGCAUGGAGCCAGUCAAGGGAUCAAAUAAAUCUGAACACUUUUUUUAUGUAUUAGAUAAUGCUCCUCAUCAGCCCUUUUCAUGUGGUGUACAAAAUGAUGACCGGUAUCAUGAACAUAGCUUAAAAUACACAAAUAUAUCACAUAGUCAUUUCAGUAAGGAUAAACUUCUAAGGAAAAGAAGAACUGUGCUGCCAGAUAAACGAUACGUCGAACUCUAUAUGGUUAUUGAUAAGAACAGGUAUUCGUUGAAAACAACUGUUGAAGCUGUACAGAAAGAAACAGUUGAACUGAUUAAUUAUGUAGAUGGGAUGUUCAGUCCCUUAAACAUACACGUUGUCCUAGUUGGAUUGGAAAUAUGGACACAUGGAAACCCCAUAGAUGUGAAUAGUGAUUCAGCUGGAGAUGUGUUGGGCAAAUUUGUGACUUGGAGGAAGACAAAUCUCAUUAAGAGAUCAAGAAAUGAUAUUAGCCAUCUCAUCAUAGGGAGAAGGCCAUUUGGUUCAACAGUUGGAAUGGCUUACGUUGGCACAGUCUGUAGUGCAGAUCAUGGGGGGUCAAUCACUACUUUCGAUCAUAACUCUGUGAUAAGUCAAGCUACAAUUGUUGCACAUGAAUUGGGACAUAAUCUGGGUAUGAAUCAUGAUGAUGGAAGAUGUCCAAAUUCCUAUAUAAUGUACAGUUCAGAUAAUGGGUCCAAGAACUUCAGCAGCUGCAGCUCCAAUGAUUUUGAGCAUCUCAUCUUGAGAGGUGGAGGAAGCUGUCUCAGAAAUUCUCCCAAGCCAAGUGAUAUAUUCACAGAGCCCGUGUGUGGCAAUAACAUUGUGGAUAGGAAUGAAGAAUGUGAUUGUGGCACUCCAAAAGAAUGUACCAAUCCUUGUUGUGAUGCUACCAGCUGCAAGCUAACACCUGGAUCAGCAUGUGCUGAAGGAUUAUGCUGUGAAAAGUGUCAGUUCAAGGUAGCAGGAAUGGAGUGUCGCCCAAAAUCAGAUGUCUGUGAUCUCCCUGAAUAUUGCAAUGGGACCUACUAUGACUGUCCGGAUGACGUGUAUAUCAUGGAUGGCUACCCGUGCAAUGAUAUGAAAGACUAUUGCUACAGUGGAGUUUGUCAGAGUUACGAUUCUCAGUGUGAAUCCCUCUUUGGAAAAGGAGCAAAGAAAGGGCCGAAUGUUUGUUUUGAAAGAGCCAAUAGCAAAGGAGACAGAUUUGGCAACUGUGGAAUGUUGGGGGCAGGUUUUGUAAAAUGCUCCCAAGCCAACAGCUUAUGCGGCAAGAUUCAUUGUACGUCUUUCAGACAAGAGAAUCUCCCUUCCCAAUUGUAUUUCCAAACUCAAAAUGGAAUUUCAUGUGUGACUACUGAAUUUGAUCUGGGAUCAGAUGUUCCUGAUCCAGCACUUGUUCAUAAAGGCACUUCUUGUGCUGAAGGAAAAGCCUGUAUUGAUUACAAGUGUGUGAAUGCAAGCUUGUUUGGUUACAACUGUGACAUAAAGAAAAAGUGUAAUGGCCGGGCAGUAUGUAACAACAAAGCCAAUUGCCACUGUGAUCCUGGGUGGGCACCUCCUUUUUGUGACACAUCUGGCUAUGGUGGCAGCAUAGAUAGUGGCCCAACUCAUAUAGAUACAUCUCUUCGAGAUGGCCUUCUGAUAUUUUUUUUACUUGUGUUGCCUAUAUUAAUACUACUUGCAAUUGCAAUUGUCAAGAGGAAAGCGAUUAAAAGACGCCUCUGCAGAAAACAUAGAAGACACAACAGGACUGAAAAUGCACAGCAAAGAAGACUACCACCCGCAAAACAGAAUAAUACUCCAAGUGAACCAAAUCCACUACAGGCAACCAAUAGAAGGCGGCCUGCCACUUCAGAUUCGGGAGUCUUUACGAUAUCUCACUUUCCAACUCCAAGGCCACCAGUACACAAUCAAUUUGUCCCAUCUCCACUAGGACCUCCUUUACGACCACCAAUUUCACAAGGACCUCCUUUACGACCACCAAUUUCACAAGGACCUCCUUUACGACCACCAAUUUCACAAAGACCUUUACGUCCACCAAUUUCACAAAGACCGCCUUUACGACCACCAAUUCCACAAAAACCUGUUUUCUCUACUUCAUCAUGAAGAAUUGUAAACAAAUGUACUGUAUGAUACUAGGAAAAAAUAUGACAAUAUUGUGUCAAUGAAAUGUAUUAUAAGUAUUAUUUUUAGAAAUAUACAAAUGAAGACCUCAGUUUAAUUUCUAAAACAGGACUAAAUUUUCAAUUAAAGAUUUACUUUAAAGCCACCUGCCCCACCAAAUCAUUAGAUAGGAAAAAAAUGCUGCCUUAAUUAUUAGACCACAGGAUACUGCUUUUAUAAGCAUUAUUGGUCUCAUACCAAUGAAGAUAAAGCCUUUUACCCUAACAUAGGGCCAAUCUAGAUGUUGUAGUAAAUGUGAUCAAAAACCAUGUCAAACUUAUAAAAAGUAGGACAUGUAUGUGCAAUUCUUAUUGGGAGAAGAGGUGGUUUUGACUUUCCUCCUCUGGCUGUGGUCCCAAUGAGAUUCCUCCCUUCCUCACUCCUCACUCCUCACUUGUUGAGAUGGGUGGCUAGAUAAAUCAAAUAAAUAAAUAAAAUUAAAUAAAUAUUAUUAUCAUUACAAAAAACAAACCAUUGAGGUUAGUGGGGAGACGGUACCAUGCCACUUAAGAUCAUGACUGGGAGUUAAAAUAGUAAAAUCUGUCACACACUCACUUCAUGUACAAUGAUCCAGGUAAAAUGGGGGGAAACUGCUGCUCUUACAUUGGUGACAGAUUUACCAAUUAUACCAACAAAUGCUCUGAUUUUUUAAAAUGUACAAUUGCUUCUUUGUAGUCAGUUGGUUUAUAUAUAAAGAAAUAAUGUGAAUGGAGUAUAAUGAAGUGAAUGAGUGAAGCACAAGACUGAUUACAAAAAUAAAUCAGUCAGUGAGGGAAGGGCUAGUGUUAUCUGUUUGAGCAAAGAUCAGAAGUUGAUUUGUAUUGCCUAAAAUCUACAAAUGUCACUUGACAGCCAUUGGUACACCAUUGUUGAUCCAUAUGUCUACUGCUCACAACUGCACAGGAAGAUUUGAGGAUGAGUCACACUAUCGUUAAGUGUUUAAACAACAUGUUCUUGUAAGAUAUUUCUAAAGAUUCUUUCAAGUUCCCAGGUAAAACGAAAAUAUAUUUUAAAUGUUUUCUUCUGACGCUGAAAUGGAUGAUACUUCUGUUUUCACAUUAUAAAUCUGUGAAAGUUAUGAAUUCUUAAUAGCUUUAUCUGUUCAUUUUGAUAUUCAUGUUAAUAUUGUAUAAACAUGAGACAAAAGGCCAACUACAUGGCAAAACAUGACAGUUAUACAUAUUUUCUUAACUAUGAUUUAAUGAAUGAACCACAAUUGACUGGGCUCAUUAAGCAUGUCAGAUCAUUUCAGGUUCAUAACAGUAAUUAUUUGCAGCAUUUUUCAAAUGCAUUGAAGUGCAACAGUGCCACAUUUCUGACAACUCUGAUGGUAAUUUUGGCAGAAAUGUAAUAUGACACUUCUGCAUGGAUUCAUUAUACCAAAUAUUUGAUUAAAGAGUACUGUUUUCUGGUGAGGAAAAAAAUAAUUUGUUUCCUUACAAAUGUAUCCCUACAGUGUUACAGCCUUUGUUUAAAGUCACUUACAUCAUAACUGCAGCUUAAAUAAAUAAUGCAUUUGAAAAUUCAAAAAUUGGGGAAAGUGUUUAAUUAUGUUCUCUAAUACAGUAUAUGGUUUAGGAGGCACAUAUUAUGAAUAACCAGUUCAAAUCUGUAAGCCAAGACUAACACAUACGGUCCACCAAAUUUAAUGUACACCCAUUUCUCAUAUUUAGUAGCUUACGUAACAACCUCUUUCCACUUCUAGGCAUACAUGAAAUUCUGUUCAGAGUUGUUUUACAAAGUUUUUGAAAAGUUUUUAACAUCUAACUUUUGGUAAUAUAAUUGUGUUGAUGAAUAAAACGAUAGUAUUAUGCUGGAUGCAAAUGCCAAUAUUUAGACAUUAGAAUGAUUUUUACUGUUUACAUUGUCUGAAAAAUUAUAUCAAUAUGUGUUUUAGAGACUAUAGAAUACUUCAAAAUUGUCAAUUUCCUGUAAUCAAUCAAAAUGGUGCCAUUACACCUCUACGCUUUUUACACAUAUAAUGUAAUUUGCAGUUUUGCACAAAUCAUUUCUGUAAUUUAAUGGUAGAAAAUAAGUUGCACAAUUUCUAUUAAAGUGGCAAAUGUUGUGAACCAUUUUGUAAAAAUAUAAAAUAAAAUAACUUGA